AUGACAAGCACUGGGUCCAGAGGGAAAAGGCUGGACCUGGCUCUUCAGAGCCCUGACUGGGAUGGCUCUCUAACUUCCCGCACCUCCCUGCGGUUCCAUUCAGAACCAGCUGAUGUCAACAAGCUGAAGCUCUCCAGAAAGGCCAUGCCGGAGCCACAGGACGGCGAGCUCAAGAUCCGCGUCAAAGCCUGUGGCUUGAACUUCAUUGACCUGAUGGUUCGACAAGGGAACAUUGACAACCCUCCUAAGACACCCUUGGUGCCAGGAUUUGAGUGUUCUGGGAUUGUUGAAGCUCUAGGGGACAGCGUGAAAGGAUACGAGAUUGGGGACCGUGUCAUGGCAUUUGUCAACUACAAUGCCUGGGCUGAGGUGGUCUGUACACCAGUGGAGUUUGUCUACAAGAUCCCAGAUGACAUGAGUUUCCCUGAGGCCGCUGCCUUCCCCAUGAACUUCGUCACAGCAUACACGAUGCUGUUUGAGAUUGCCAACCUCCGGGAAGGGAUGUCUGUGCUCGUGCACUCAGCUGGUGGUGGGGUGGGUCAAGCUGUGGCUCAGCUAUGUUCUACUGUCCCCAAUGUGACCGUCUUUGGAACAGCUUCUACUUUCAAGCAUGAAGCCAUCAAAGAUUCUGUGACCCACCUCUUUGACAGAAAUGCAGACUAUGUGCAAGAAGUAAAAAGGAUCUCUGCUGAAGGUGUGGACAUUGUUUUGGACUGCCUGUGUGGGGACAACACUGGCAAGGGGCUCAGUCUCCUCAAACCUCUGGGGACCUACAUUUUAUAUGGAUCAUCCAACAUGGUUACUGGAGAGACCAAGAGCUUCUUCAGUUUUGCAAAGUCAUGGUGGCAGGUAGAGAAAGUGAACCCCAUCAAGCUGUAUGAAGAAAACAAAGUCAUUGCAGGGUUCUCACUCCUCAACCUGCUCUUCAAACAGGGCCGCUCAGGCCUCAUCCGGGGAGUGGUCGAGAAGCUCAUUGGGCUGUACAACCAGAAGAAGAUCAAGCCUGUGGUGGAUUCUUUAUGGGCCCUGGAGGAGGUAAAGGAGGCCAUGCAGCGCAUCCACGACCGGGGGAACAUCGGGAAGUUAAUUCUGGAUGUGGAAAAGACUCCGACUCCGCUGAUGGCCAAUGACAGCACUGAGACAAGCGAGGCAGGGGAGGAAGAAGAGGACCAUGAAGGUGACAGCGAGAACAAGGAAAGGAUGCCCUUCAUCCAGUAA